AUAAAUGCAUAAUAAAUGUCAGUUAAAAGUAAUGAAUUAUAAAAAUAAAAAGCAAGGAAAAAAAACCUAGUUAUUCAGAAGCCAGGUAGGGGCUAAAUCCACUUCAGUUUUAGUCAGAAACUGGCUGAGGUAGAAUCCAGGGCCUAAGCAUUUUAAAGCCUAGUUAUUCAGAAGCCAGGUAGAGCCUAAAUGUAAAGUUUUAGUCAGAAACUAACUGAGGUGCAAAUUAGGGCCUAAGUAUUUUAAAGCCUAGUUUUUUAGAAGCAAGGUAGGGCCUAAAUAUAGUUAAGUUUUAGAAACUUACUGGGGUACAAAUCAGGGCCUAUGCUUAUUAGAACCUAGUCAGAUCCAAGUUAAGUUUUAGCCAGAGUUUUGUCAAGUUAUAGCCAGGGCCUAAACCCAUUUAAAACUUAGCCAGCAUGGUUAAAAUCUGUUCAGAGUAUGUUUAGGACUAGCCAUGGCCUAAGCCUAGCUUAUGUUUAGUCAGAGCCGUUAGGGCCUAAAUCCACCUAAGCUUUAGUCAGAAACAGCUGAGGUAGAAUCCAGAGCCUAAGCAUUUUAAAGCCUAGUCAGAGCUGAGUUAAGGCUUAGCCAGAGUCUUUUUAAAAUACAGCCAGGCCCUAAACCCAGUUAAGGUAACCAACAUGGUGAAGAUCGCCUCAGAGUAUGUUAAGGACUAGCCAUGGCCCAAACCUAGUUUACGUGUAGUCAGAGCCCAGUUAGGGCCUAAAUCUACUUAAAUAUUCGUCAGAAACUAGUCAGGGGUAGAAUCCAGGGCCUAAGCAUGUUAGAGCCUAGUCAGAGCCGAGUUAAGUUUUAGCCAGAGUCUUGUCAAGCUAUAGCCAAGGCCUAAGCUUACUUAAGGCUUAUUCAUCCUAGUUAAAGUUUAGCCAGUCCAGUUAAGGUCUAAUCAGGCAUAAGCUUAGUUAAGUCCUAGUCACAGCCUAUUUAGCCUACUCAGGGACUAAGCCUAGUUUACAUCUAUUCAGAGACUAUUUAAGGCCUAGCUGGGACCUAAGUCUAGAGGAGGCAUAAUCAGAGUCUCAUUUAAGGUGUAGCAAGGGCCUGAGCCUUUUUAAAGCCUAUUUAGCCCAGUUAAGUCCCAUAAGGGGCUAAACUUAGUUAUGUCCUAGUUAGAGUGUAAUUACAGCUUAACCAGGGGUAAGCCUAGCUAAUGCCUAGUCAGAGUAUAGCUGAGGCUAAGCCAGGGCCUAAGUCUAGUUAAGGCCUAGUCUUCCCAGUUAAGGCCUAUUCAGGCCCUUGACUUUGUUAAGGGCUAAUCGAGACUUAGGGUAACCAACUCUUUCCAAUUUGCCCAAGAUUUUCCAUAUUUAGUGCUGAAAGUGCUAGGCCCUGGAAAAUCCUUUGGUCCCUGGCAAACCAGAUUGGUUGGUCACUCUAGUCAAGACUUUUUAAAGAAAACUUUUCUUUGCCUUGGAGUUUAUAGUUUAUAAAGCAUUAUUUCAACAGUAUUUGAUUAUUGCAGCAUCCAUUUGAGAUAGGUGUCAUCAUCAUCCCCAUUAUAUAGACGAAUAAACUCAGGUUUAGAGAGAAUAAGUGCCUUCCUCAAUGGCAUAUAGUGAAUAAGUAUCAGAGGUAGAGUUUAUGUUUGAAUUCACAAGCCAUGCUCCUAUUUUUUAAACUAAACAGGCAUCUCCCCAUAAUUAAACAUUGUCUAAAUCAGAAAAGUAAUACUUGCUUAAGAAAUUAUCAUCAUCCUAUUUUCAGAUCAGGAAAGUGAGUCACAGUGAGUCACAGUGAGCUUAAGCGACCUGCCCAAGUUGUGACAGGAGCAUUCACAUCCCAUUUGAAAGCGAAAGUCCAGUAAACAUUUGAUAGGCAUAACCUUGACCCUCUCAUCCAUCUUGGCUCUAUCACAGAUCUGCUUUUCUGUUUUCUCUUGGCUGUGGCAAUCUGUCUGAUGGUCAUUAUAAUAGCAGUUCACUACCAACACAAACAAGAGAACCACAUGUAAAUUUUGUGGAAGGUUCACCAAAUUUAUCAAAAGGUACUGUAGGACCACUGGCCUCAUUCUGUACUUGAUCAUCAUCAUCAUCAUCAUAUCAACAGCCUCAUUUCUCAACCAAACCAACCACAGGACCAUUGCCAGCUCCAUAGGAUCCAUUGUCACCAAGAGCCCAUUUACUACAACUUUUAGUAAUAUUUUAUCUACUGAGGAAAGCACAGAGGAAUGGAGUCUGUGUCAACCCCUGUACUAGUUGGUGGACUUGUUGAUUGUGUAGCCCAGUUAGUUAGAAUAGCUGAAGAGCUUCUACGGUUGAUUUCACAAGAACCAGUUCCUUGUGAAGAGCAAGAUGACAGAGCAGAACAGAUAGAAACAGAUGCACCUCUUUCCGAGGAAGCUUCACUACCAGACCUUGCUGAUCUCCCAGACUUAGAAUCGAUACUUACACAAAGAGAAGACGGAGACUUAACCUUUGAUACAGAUCAACCUAUGUUAGACACAGAAUUAUAUGAAGAAGCACUCUCUAGUAUUAACAAUGACUUAAGUAGCUAAAACCUCAUUUGCCUCCACCAGCAUGUGAAAACUGAUCAUUUCUCUGUGUCAAAUAUAUUCUAAUUUUUCGGGAUGUUAGCAAUAACAGUUUUUCUCCAAGUUUUGCCCAGGUUCAUUACUAAUCUAUUAUAGAACAAGCACUAUUUGAUUGGCUUCUGGCAGAGGCUGGUCUCUUUUCUUCUUUGUAUUUAUUUAUACGAAAAGCUCUGACUUUAGCAGUAGGGUUCUUUCUUUACCUGUACUUGUUCUCCUGUUAGGAUUCCUGAUAAUAGGAGCAAACACUAGCAAAGAAAAGAAACUCCUUACCUAACAAUAGAGUGAAGACCUGAUGAACUCUAUCACAUCUUGAGACCCAAUUUCACCAUUCUACAAUGAGUGGAAACUAAAAGGGGAAUAUCCUCCAGGAUGGCAGUAUAGUGAAUACAGUCACAUUAAUAGGACAAUAUUGGGGCACUUUUACUUGAAAAGAUAGAACUACUUACUAGGCCUUUCGGACAGAAUGUGUCAGCCAAAGGAUGCUGUAGUAGACUGGGGGAAAUAAUUCUAAAAAUCAGCCAUCUACCAGAUAAUAAAACUGCAGAAAGCUUUACAGAUAACUUUUGCCUGGGAGAAACCUUUGAAAAAGCUGAGGCCAGGAAGUUCCAAUACAGGACUGUUCCCUCAAAUGCUGACCCAUAUCACAACUACUCUGCAACAUUGUUGCUCAAAUGGAAAUGGCAAGUUACACCAAAUAACAACUGGAGAGAAGUACUAGUACUAGAAGGGCUAGACAAAGCCCUAACAAGGACUAUUUGCCUAUGGAAAAGUCAAACACUUAUGGCAUAGGCUUAGAGAUGAUGGUCCACAAGUAGAAGCAGAUAAAGUACACCUUCUUGGGUAUAACUACAUUUAUAAAGAAUAGCUGAUAGGCUUAUUAUAAGGGAAACUGCUUCAACCUUGACAGAAAUCUUUACUACUGAGAAAUGGGAGCAAUAAUGAUUUUAAACAAAAUGUGGACUGGUUAUACCCACAGUAAUUCUACAGCUACCAGAGGGGGGAAAUGCAAUAGUUGGAAGACCCCCAUAUCAAAACAGAGAGGGACUAAAUACACAUUCAGGAAAUUCACUGAUCAUACUAAUUGCAUGCCAUAGGGUACCCUUACUUCCAUUUGGAAGAAUAGCUACCUUUCAUACAAGCCUGUGGACAUUACGGUCCUUCUUCCUAGAGAAUGGCCUUUGCAUCUUACAAUAUGGGCAACAACUAGGUAAAGACAUAGAAGUAUACCAUUAGACAAAGUGAUAUAUGAAAAUUGUGAAGAAAUGACAUGUAGAAGUCAAUCCACAUUCGUGGGAAACCAGAUUAUACCAAUUUACAUAGAGUCCUAAAGUAUAUUAUAGUCAAAGGGAUUAAAAAGACUUUUAAUACAGAUGGAUUCAGAGCUAACCAACAUGACAGAUGCUGCAUCUAAUACUAAGUGAGCUCUGCAUACACAGAUUAUUAGCUACCUUUAAAAGUAAAUGGGGAAAAUUAUAGACUGUAUAACCAGGUCUUAUUUGGAUGAGCAGUAGCAGGAGAAACAUAAGUCAGUUUUGCCACUGAAUUUCAGGAUAAGUUUAUUUAACAAAUUUAAGAAAGAGAUAGCUAAUAGCCAAGGCAUGGAAGCAACCUAAAUGUCCAUCGACAGAUGAAUGAAUAAAGAAGA